AACAAAUAUAGAUUUUUAAUCUGUGUAAAUCUUAUAAACAAUUUAUAAUCUGUACACUACAAAGUUUUCCUUUUCUGUUAACUGUCAAACGGCGGAUACAUAGUUUUCACAAUGGGUCGUGUUAGAACUAAGACCGUAAAAAAAGCAGCAAAAAUCAUUAUCGAGAAGUACUAUACAAGAUUAACUCUUGAUUUUGAUACAAACAAGAGAAUAUGUGAGGAAAUUGCUAUUAUUCCCACCAAACCUCUUCGUAACAAAAUCGCAGGGUUUGCCACCCAUUUAAUGAGACGUCUCAGACAUUCCCAAGUUCGUGGUAUCUCAAUCAAACUGCAGGAAGAGGAACGUGAAAGACGUGACAACUAUGUUCCAGAAGUGUCUGCUUUGGAACAUGACAUCAUUGAGGUGGACCCUGACACUAAGGACAUGUUGAAAAUGCUUGACUUCAACAACAUCAACGGUCUCCAACUCACCCAGCCUGCAACUCAGGGUGGUUACAGUGGCAGACGUAAUUAAGAAUAAUAAAUUUUAAACCUA